AUGAGCUACGCUCAAUUAAACAGUGACCCGCAAUUCAAGCCCGUUCAGGGUAUUUACGAGGGGCGCCUUCGUCAGUUUACUGACGGCGGGGGUGAAUAUAAGGAAUUGAACCUGCCCAAGUUUUACGACAAAAAGCGCAUCUCGUUGGACCAGGACAGCGUAAAGGUCCAAUGGUACCAGGUGCGCUUUGAGAAAGGCUCUUCCCCUGUGUCGCCUGACAAGCGACCUCCCUGGAGCGAAAUUGUGGAGAAAGACAAAAAUAAAGAGCUUGAAUUUAGGGACGCGCAAAAAGGCCAGCCUUUCGGACCCAGCUGGUCAACAACGUGGUUUAGAGUCCAGGUGACAGUGCCUGACGAAUGGCUGGCAGCCGAGGAACAGCUCAUUUUCGAGUGGGACUGCAGCAACGAAGGCAUUGUCAUUGACCCAGAGACGCUGAUCCCAAAAACGGCUUUUUCUGGAGGGGGAGAAAGAAACGAGUACAUGCUUCCCAAGGGCCAGAAGCACCACGUCUUCUACAUCGAGAGCGGCAAUAACGGAAUGUUCGGUUGUGGUGCCGGUUCAAGUAUUAAUCCUCCGGAUAACAACAGAUAUUUCCACCUCAACAAAGCGGACUUGGUUUGGCCUAACUGGGAGGCUCGAGCCCUCUUCAUUGAUUUCUGGAUGUUGUCGGAUGCGGCCCGCGAACUUCCUGGAGACUCCUGGCAGAAGCAUAAAGCCCGGCACGUGGGUAACUCGGUGAUGGACUUAUUUGACCCAGAAGACGCCAGCACUGUUACAAAGUGUAGGAAACUUAUUCGCGAAGAGUAUUUUGAUCAACUGGCAGACGAUCCAAAGGUUUUCCAGGCCGGCGAUAGCUCUGUGAGGGCCGAUGUUCAUGGGGUGGGCAAUUGUCAUAUUGAUACCGCGUGGCUAUGGCCUUUCGCUGAGACUCGUAGAAAAGUGGUGCGUUCUUGGACGUCGCAGUGCACCUUGAUGGACCAGUAUCCCGAGUACCGGUUUGUUGCGUCACAAGCUCAGCAGUUUAAGUGGUUGCUUAAGGAGCACUCGAACUUUUUUCAUGAAGUGCUCAUUCCCAAAAUUCAGCAAUCGCAGUUUUUCCCCAUCGGCGGUUCGUGGGUCGAAAAUGAUACUAACAUUCCCUCGGGGGAGUCGUUGUGUCGCCAGUUUUUCUUAGGCCAGCGGUUCUAUCUUAAACACUUUGGUAAGAAAAGUGACGUUUUUUGGCUACCUGACACCUUCGGUUAUUCUUCUCAAGUUCCACAAAUCGCGAAGAUAUCUGGGAUUGAUAAAUUUUUAACCCAAAAGUUGUCAUGGAACAACAUAAAUAGCUUUCCUCACACUACUUUUAAUUGGGCAGGCAUUGAUGGCUCCCAGCUUCUCACACAUAUGCCCCCGGGAAACACUUAUACUGCAAGUUCCCAUUUUGGCGACGUCCUGCGUACUGCAAAGGGAAACAAAAAUUCCGACGUUUAUGGAUCCGGUCUAAUGCUUUACGGAAAGGGUGACGGCGGAGGAGGCCCAACGGCAGAAAUGCUGGAAAAAAUGAGGAGAAUUAGAUCCAUAAGCAAUCGUAAUGGAAAUGUCAUUCCAAAGCUACAAGUUGGAACUACAAUCGAGGAAUUUUAUCAAGACAUUCUCGAAAAAACUCACAACGGAUUGGACCUCCCAACUUGGGUUGGGGAGCUAUAUUUUGAGUUUCAUAGAGGAACAUACACUACUCAGGCCGAAGUUAAACGGCUUAUGAGACUUUCUGAGAUUAAAAUGCACGAUUUGGAGUGGAUUGCAACUAAGGCUUCACUCGUUUAUCCCGACGAGUAUGAGUACCCAAUCAACAAAAUCAACAGGAUCUGGGAAGACAUUCUUCUAUGUCAAUUCCACGACGUUUUGCCUGGUUCUUGUAUUGAACUUGUUUACAAAUAUGAAGCACGCCCUAUGUUGAAAGACGCCAUCACCGAAAUCGAGUCCUUGAUUAACGAUGCGCUCAAGUUUUUGAAGAAAAAAGGGAAAGGAAACUCGUCAAUUGGUACCCUUGAGCUUGUUGAAAGCGACGCAACAAACUCGGCGAAAAACGAGAGAGAGUUUGUAAAGUUAAAGGAUGAAGCUAAGCACAUCAAAAUGACAAAUGAUGUACUCGAAGUUACCAUAGACAAAGAAAAAGGUGUUAUUUCGUCGAUCAAAGACAGAGAAAGGGAAGUCGAAUACCUAGACCUGGAUGGAGGCCGAAACAAGCGAGGUGCAAACCAGUUUGUUUUAUUCGAUGACAAGCCUCUGGGCUGGCAAGCAUGGGAUACGGAGCUUUAUUCUGUUAACCAGUACAAGUACAUCACAAGUUUGGAAAGCGUGGAAAUUGCUGAAAACUCUUCUGAAAAGUGUGCUGUUGAACUAACCUUCAAGGUUUCAAAUGAUUGUGAAAUUCUCACAAGCAUCUCUUUGGGCUCGAGAACUCAGCAUGAAAGCGGGGGGCUGAUUGAAAUAAAGACAUCUGUUAAGAACUGGAAUCUCCGGAACAAGUUUUUGAAGGUUGAGUUUCCUGUAAAUAUUCGUAAUGACUUUGCUUCAUACGAAACUCAGUUUGGUAUCACAAAGAGACCUACACAUUACAAUACAUCUUGGGAUGUUGCCAAAUUUGAAGUGUGCCACCACAAGUUUGCUGACUACUCGGAAUUUUCGAAGGGUGUGUCUGUAAUCAAUGACUCAAAAUACGGUUUUGCGACUCAUGGAAACCUGAUGCGUCUUUCUCUGCUGAGGUCGCCAAAGGCGCCUGAUGCACAUGCGGACAUGGGCUCCCAUGAAAUAAGAUAUGCGCUGUAUCCCCACAGAGGAGCGCUUUCUUCUAGCACUGUACAUGAAGCGCUGAAGUUCAAUUAUCGCCACCAUUAUUCCAUUCCAGAAUCGGUUUCUGAGGCCUUUGAUGGCGUUAUUGGAAUUGAAGGUGAUCCGAACGUCAUAUUGACAAACAUCAAGCGUGGAGAGGACGACGAAGGACUUGAUUCGGAGUACUCCACUACCAAGGGUGAGAAACGAAGCUUUGUGGUAAGACUUUAUGAGUCUCUUGGUGGGGAAUCUUUUGCGGUCCUCAAAACCUCUCUUCCUGUGAAAAACGCGCUAAAAGUCGAUAAUUUGGAGUUGUCUGAAAUAAACUCAAUACCCUUGACAACGAAAUCCUCUGCCUCCUCAGACAAAUCCACGUUGGAGUUCAAAGUCAAGCUGAGACCAUUUGAAAUUGCGACUUAUAAGUUGGUUUUGUAG